AUGCCUUCAUUUCCUGAGCACGAUCUAGUCUACGAAGAUGGCAGCAAAACGCUGCACUACCUCUCCGCCGGCCCCGACAAUGGAGACCUGAUGAUCUUUAUGCAUGGCUGGCCUGGCAUUGGCAAGACGUGGCAUGACCAGCUCACCGAAUUCUCAAAGAGAGGCUUCAAAGUCGUUGCUCCCGACAUGCCAGGCUACGGUGGAUCAACCGCUCGCAAAGUCGCCGAAGACUAUGCUCAAGAACAAAUCGUCAAAGCCAUGUUGGCUCUCCUGAAGCAUCUCGGAUACAACCAAGCUAUCUGGGUAGCACACGACUGGGGAUGCGGUACUCUUUGGACUCUUGCACGUACUCACCCGGAGGUUUUCAAGGGAGCUUGUGGAAUGACCGUCCCCUAUGGUAUUCUCGAACUCGGGUUGGAAGAAGCUCUUAAGCAUGUCGAUCGCAACGUCUAUCCCGAAGACCAAUACAAAUACGGUCAGUGGAGCUAUCAAGCUUAUUACGAACAAAACUUCGAAAAGGCCACAAACUGGUUCGACAAGGACAUUCGCGGGUUCUUGAGGAUGGCCUUCACAAAGGGCAACCCUGAUGCCGUUGGCAAGCCCGCACCUAUGUCACGAGCUGUUGAAGAUUGCGGAUGGCUGGGCGGUGCUGAGAAGCCCUUGCCUGCUAGCGCGAUCCCUGACGCAUACGCCUGCAUCGACAAAGAGACGUUCGAGGAACUCGUGGCCGCAAUGGAGAAGACCGGCUUCUGGCCUGGCGACGCCUGGUACCUCAACCACAAGGCAAACCGUGCCUACAACCUGGAAAACAGCAAGAACGAGGGCCACCUCAAAUUCCCGGUUUUGUUCAUCGAGGCCAAAUACGACACUGUUUGCGAGACUGUCGUGUCAAGUAUGGCAGAGCCACAGAAGGAGCUUUGUGAGGACUUGACCUAUGUGAGCAUUGCUGCUGGUCACUUUGUUCCUGUCGAGAAGCAUGAGGAAGUCAAUCAAGCGAUCGCAGAGUGGCUCGAGGCCAAGGUACGUGGAUAG